AUGGCUUCCCAAUACUCCUCCUCGUGGCAGGAAGUCAUCGACAAGAAUCAGAUCCCCCUCUCGAGGAACUUUCUUGUUGGGCUCCAUUUGACACAUUUCCUAAGCACACGGUUUGCUCCAAAUGUCACACAUUAUACACAGAAAUUCUUCCAUCUACAAUACUUUAUCGAGAGAAAGGAUUCCCAAAACAUAUAUGACAUUGGUCUUGACGAUGCGUACUAUGUGGUAACGUGGGUGGUGCUUCUCACCUUUUUCAGAUCCUUCCUUAUGCAAUGGGCAUUCACUCCAUUCGCCAAACACGUCUGUGACAUACAUUCGAAGAAAGCAAAGAUGAGGUUCGCCGAGCAGAGCUGGGCUGUCACCUACUACUGCUUCUCCUUCGCAUUUGGUCUUUACAUCUACCGCCAUUCGCCCCAUUGGCACAGUCUCGACAACAUAUACAUCGGCUGGCCCCAUUACCGGAUGCCUUCGUUGUUCAAGAAGUACUAUCUUGUCUCGAUUGCUUUCUGGUUACAACAAAUUGUCGUGCUUAAUAUUGAAAAAAAGCGGAAAGACCACUUCCAGAUGUUCAGCCACCACAUCAUCACCGUGGCUCUCGUCUUGGGCUCCUAUUACUACUACUACAAUAGAAUCGGCAACAUGAUUUUAAUGCUCAUGGAUUCGGUCGAUAUUUUCUUGUCCACAGCGAAAGUCUUGAAGUAUUCUGGCUGGCAACGCUCAUGCGACAUGAUGUUCGUUCUUUUCCUCGUGUCAUGGGUCGUCUUACGCCAUGGUGUUUACAACUACUUAUACUACCAUGCCUGGGUCAAAUCCAGGGACUUAAUGUUUGACAGUCAGUGCAUUCCAGGCAUCGUACAGAAGAGAUGCUGGACAACUACUAUCGUUAAUGUGUUUUUAGCGCUUCUUGGUGGCUUACAGAUAAUUACUUGCCUCUGGAUGUUCGCUAUUUUGAAGGUUUUAAAUAAGGUGAUUCACGGCGAUAGCGCCGAUGAUGUCAGAAGUGACGCAGAAGAUUCAGAUGAAGAGGUUGAGGUUGAGAGCGAAGGUGAGCGCAUCGAAACAGAAACCCCAGAGACUACAGAUGAAGACGUCUCUGAAAAAGUUGCACAGGAUAUCACAACCCGCAUUCAUGAGGUACUGACAUGA